GCCAUCUUUAUCACCCCUGCAUGGCCGCCACCCGCAGAUCGGAGCGUCGUGGCCUCUGAGACUUGGUGCCCUUCGCUCGCUUGGCUGACACGGAUUCCCGCUGCAGAACGUGCCCCAGCCAGGGCUCCCAGCUCAGCCAUGCUGGCCUGUCUGCAGAGGACUCAGAACCCACCCGGCCAGCACCUGGCCUGCCCAAGCAAGAGCCUGGAUCUGCGCAAGUGCGAGUCCGUGGCCGGCUCUAUGCAGUCCACCCGCUACCCAAGCCCAGCCGAGCUGGACGCCUACGCGGAGAAGGUGGCCAACAGCCCCCUGUCCAUCAAGAUCUUCCCCACCAACAUUCGCGUGCCACAGCACAAGCACCUGAGCCGCACGGUCAACGGCUACGACACCAGCGGCCAGCGUUACAGCCCCUACCCUCAGCACGCCACCGGCUACCAGGGCCUGCUGGCCAUCGUCAAGGCUGCGGUCUCCUCCGGCGCCACCGCGCCCGCCGGGCACGCCAAGAGCGUGCUCAAGAGCGUGGAGGGCAAGCGGACCAAACUGUCGCCGGCCACCGUGCAGGUGGGCAUUGCGCCCUACCCAGUGCCCAGCACCCUGGGGCCCUUGGCCUACCCGAAGCCACCCGAGGCGCCCGCGCCACCACCCAACCUGCCCGCAGCAGCCACUACCGCCUCUGUGAUCCCUCUGCCAGGCCGGGGCCUGCCCCUGCCCCCCUCCAACCUUCCCUCUAUCCACAGCAUCCUGUACCAGCUUAACCAGCAGUGCCAGGCCCCCGGGGCUGCACCGAGCGCCUGUCAGGGCGUGGCUGUGCCCCACCCCAGUCCAGCCAAGCAUGGCCCGGUACCCAGCUUUCCUAGCGUGGCUUACUCGGCCACAGCCGGUCUGCCGGACUGCAGGAAGGGCACCGAACUGAGCCAGGGAACCACAUCAGCCCUGGCACUGUCUGGGGCCACCAAACCCGCAGGGUAUGCGGAAGGCGGCCUGGAUUACCUGCUGUGGCCGCAGAAGCCGCCCCCGCCCCCGCCCCAGCUGCGGGCCUACAGCGGCAACACCGUAGCCGGCAAGUCCCAGUCCCCAGAGACCUGUGGCGGGAGGGCAUUCGAGAGGGCCAGCGGGUCGCCCCACAACUGCGGCAUGGGGCUGCCGGGCAGCUUCACGGUGGGCCAGUACUUCGCCGCCCCCUGGAACAGUGUUCUGGUGACCCCUACCAGUGACUGCUACAACCCAGCAGCUGUAGUGACGGAGCUGGGACCCGGAGGCGCCCGGGAGCUAGCCGGGCCUCCCGGAGACACACUGUCGGGCCUAGGCAGCAAGAGCGUGUGUAACACGGCGGUACUGAGCAGCAGCCUCCAGUCGCUGGAGUACCUCAUCAACGACAUCCGGCCGCCCUGCAUCAAGGAGCAGAUGCUGGGUAAGGGCUACGAGACGGUGGCGGUGCCCCGGCUGCUGGACCACCAGCACGCCCACAUCCGCCUACCCGUCUACAGAUAAGGUCUACGCGCGGGCACGUGGACAGACGGACAGGGUGCGGGGGUCGGCAGGCCCUGUGUCCACACAGGAGGAAGCCAGGCUGGUUACCUCCUCGCUGCAGUGGGCAGGCGGGUUCACCUCACAUCCCAGGGCUUCUCCUCCCGCUUGGUGCCCCAGGAAGCAGGGAGGGUCCCGGGCUGGCUGCGAGACCCGAGGCCACCCAGGCAGGGAGGGAAAGGCAGAGGCCAGCGAGUUCGUUCCUUCCGGGUCUCCAGCCACAUUCCCCAGUCUCGGGGGGAAAGGAGCAGAGGGGGCUCCAGCGCUCGUCCCUGGGUCCAGAGUGCCCCACCCACCCCCACCAACUAACCCAGGUGAAGACCACCCUGACUCCAGACUCCCAGAGGCCUCAGGGCUACCAGCCCCUCCCUGUUCCUGCUGACCCUUCCCGUACCCACCCCACCCUCCCUACUAGGAACCACGCCCAGCCUACUCGUAUGCCCCAGACCAGCCUCUCCUCCAUCCCCCAUAAUACAUCUCACAGGGCUGCUGGGAACAGUUGGUGCGUCGCACAAGGGCACCUUGCCCAAGGAGACUCCACUCACAUCCUAGACUUGUGUAUUUAUUACAACUGUCUGCAUUUCAAGGAAGGGACACCAUCUUCCUAUUCGCACAAAGAUGUCACGGUGGGGGCUGACAAGGGACCUGUAAAUUCAGGCUCCAUUCGCAAGGACGAUCUUGCCUGCUUGGCGUGUCGGGGUCUCCUGGGGACCAGUGGGAGGGUGACCUGGCUGUAACUGGAACACCCAACCCGGCGCCUGUUCUGCAUCCCCCUGCCCCUGCACUGCCGUGGGGUGGAGAUGAGCCCCGCCGGCCCCAGGCGCUCCGGAAGCGGUACUGUAUCUCUCCAAGGCCUGUCUGAGCACUAAGUGCAUUUACAAAUCUCUGAGAAUGUUUUUUUUAUACUAAAAUUGACCAUUAUAUUCUACUGUGAGAAGUGCGGUCUGUCUGCACUAUAUUGUUUUAAAAACGAAGAGAAAGAAAAAAAAAGGA